CUUCCUUUUCUCCUUUAGUAUCUUCUUCUUUAUUGCUUUAAAGCAGAAGUACUAAGUGAUUCAAAACGCAGCGUUUUGGCCCGGAGAUCCGUCGGUCGGAAAGUAACUAUCUUUAUUGUCUACAGAAUUUGUUCGUUUCUCCGACAAACCCCACGAGAGUGAGAGAGAGACAUCGAUGGAGAAGAGCACGCAGGAGACAGUCAAGAAAGAGAAAGUGAAACCUGAGAAGGAGCUGUGUGACGGAUUGAGUCAACUCAGAGACGAAGAAUCACUUGGGACUAUCGGUGAUGACAUGGAGGAUGUACAUGACGAGGCGAUACGAGAAGUAGUACUAGCUAAGGAUCAGGUUGAAGAAAAUUCACCUGUGGAACCAAAUGAUCAAGAUGUAAGAGAGGUGAAGGAAACAUCUCCUGCUCUGACUGCAUCAUUAGACCCAUCAUUGGUGGACCCAUCUUUACCUUCGGAUCCUUCAGCUGCCCAAGGUCAAGGUCUAUCACUGCUAGAGCAAAAAUCUGAUUCUCGGGUGGUUGACAACUUGUCUGUUUCUCCGGUUCUGAGGAAAGAUAGCGGCAAGGAAGAUGUAAGCGUGGUUGCUCCGGUUGAUGAAGUUGCAGUAGAAAACCGUGAGGUGGAAGCAUCUCCUGCGCUGCCAUCAGUUGUGGAGUCAUCUUUACCUUUGGAUCCUUCAGCUGCCCAAAGUCAAGGUCUACUACCACUGCUAGAGCAGAAAUCUGAUUCUCAGGUAGUCAACAACUUGUCGGUUUCUCCGGUUCUGAAGACAGAUAGCGACAAGGAAGAAGUUGCAAGUGCGGUUUUGCCGGUUAAUGAAGUUGCAGUAGAAAGCCAUGAGGUGGAAACAUCUCCGGCGCUGACUCCAUCAUCCAACCCAUUGGUGGAGCCAUCUUUACCCUCAAAUCCUUCAGCUGCGCAGGACCAAGGUCUAUCACUGCUAGAUCAAAAUUCUGAUUCUCAAGUGGUUAACAACUUGUCUGUUUCUCCGGUUCGGAAGACAAAUAGCAACAAAGAAGAUGUUGUAAGUGUGGUGGUGGCUCCGGUUGAUGAAGUUGCAGUAGAAAACCGUGAGGUGGAAACAUCUCCUACUCACCCAUCAAUGGUGGAGCCAUCCCUAUCUUCGGUUCUUUUAGCUGCCAAAAGUCAAGGUCAGUCACUACUACAGAAAAGUUAUGAUCCUCGGGUGGUCAGGAACUUGUCGGUUUCUCCGGGUCUAAGGACACCGCCACGUGAUGGUUACAACUGGAGAAAAUAUGGGCAGAAGCAGGUUAAGAGUCCCAAGGGCUCAAGGAGCUACUACAGGUGUACGUACUCUGAGUGUUGUGCUAAAAAAAUCGAAUGCUCCAACGAUUCAGGAAACAUGGUACAGAUUGUUACCAAAGGUUUGCAUAGUCAUGAACCUCCCCGGAAGAGUAGCUUCUCCCCAAGAGAGAUUGGAGCUGCAUCAGCUGUUACGCCUGUUUUAGAGGUUGAUACAGUAGUAGCAACAGUCCCUAGCGUUUCAGCUACGCCCCCUCCAACUAAAGAAAACAUCUGCCAGUCGCCAACAACCAUUGAACGGAAGAGAACUUGCGAGAACGAAGCUGUGGAAGAACCAGAGCCAAAACGGAGGUUAAAAAACGACAACACACAAAGUUCAGAUUUUGUCUCUAAACCGGGAAAGAAACAUAAACUCGUAGUUCACGCAGCUGGUGAUGUUGGUAUCUCUUGUGAUGGAUACAGAUGGCGUAAGUACGGGCAGAAAAUGGUGAAGGGGAAUCCUAAUCCGAGGAAUUAUUACCGAUGCACUUCUGCUGGUUGUCCCGUCCGCAAACACAUUGAGACAGCAGUAGAGAACACAGGAGCCGUCGUAAUCACAUAUAAAGGAGAACACAACCACGAUACUCCGGUACCAAAGAAACGCCAUGAUACACCUAGCUCAGUGCUGUUAUCCCCAGCAUCAAUGAGAACUAGGUUGGACGAUCAGGUGAACAUUCCUUCCUCGAGCCAAUGCUUGGUGGGACGAGAAAGUGAGAAGCAGAGCAGUGAAGCAUUGGAUGUUGUUGGUGGCUAGAAAGUGUGAUGGAAUAGUCCUUGGAUUCGAAAAUAAAGCAAUGCUGAUUGUAUGUAUUUUAGAGUUGAUCAACUGACUCCAUUUUCAGUCUCCUUGUUCUUGUUAUAUAAUAAAACAAAACAAAACUCAUGAAGAUGUCUCUAUUAACCUUAUCAAGAAUAAUCAGGUUUUGUGUUUAA